AUGUGGGUGAAGCCUUUCGAAAUGUGUUACCAGUCCAAAAAGGCUGAUUGUGGAUUAUUUUCCUGGAGUUUCUCUUUGUUUCUGUUGCUCUGGAUAGCCUUGCUCUUCCCCAGUCAUCCUGAAGCUUUCCCUGCGUGGAAGAUCGAGCUGGAAGAAGGGAGAGCUGCGCUACGCAAAUCGUACCAGAUCCCAGCCUCAGCUGAAAAGAUGCACGACAUGCUUCUGCGGCGCAGGAAGCGGUACGCCAUUAACCCUUCACUCCACAAGUGGGAUCACUUCAACAUCACCUACAAGAUUGUGAAAUUUCCAAGCACCCUGAACAAGGAUGACACCCGGAAAGCCAUUGCAAUCGCCUUUAUAAUGUGGAGUGACGUCUCACCUCUCACCUUUACUGAGGUCCCAACACAAAAGGACGCAGACAUCAAAAUUGGGUUUUACACGUUUAACCACACUGACUGCUGGUUUGCCCCACUCCACCCCUGCUUUGACGGACUCAAUGGAGAGCUGGCUCACGCCUUCCUGCCUCCACUCGGCGAGAUUCACUUCGAUAAUCACGAGUUCUGGAUUCUGGGCAAGUCCAGAUUCAGCUGGAAACAAGGUGUCUGGCUGAAUGACCUGGUGCAGGUCGCAGCACAUGAGAUCGGACAUGCGCUGGGGCUGAUGCAUUCCCGCAACAUGAGCGCACUCAUGCACCCCAAUGCAACUUUCACCGGCCAGCGACGAAUCACACAGGAUGACAUCUGGGGAAUCCAGAGACUCUACGGCUGCAUCGACAAGAAGAGGCUGUGCAGUCCAUGGGCUCGUGUUGGAUUCUGCGAGAAGCGACGUUCCUUCAUGAAAAAGCAUUGUCCCAAAGUGUGCGACUUGUGCUUCGAACCACCAGAUGCAGUAAUUACAACCACAGCUCUACCUCAGAAUGUAAAGAUAAAAUAUGUGUCCAAGGGUCGUAUAGUGACUUUCCGCUGCGGGCAGGUACCCCCAAGGACAAAUUCUUUGAGAGUCAGUUGGUACAAGGAUGGCGAACUACUGGCCCAUUCCGUCCCUGGAUACAUCAUUCUGAAAGGACAGAACCUCAGUAUUGUAGCAAAUGAGUAUAACGAGGGCCUGUACACCUGUCAAAUUCAGCGCAAGAACACUACGUUUCAAGCCAAUUCCUGGUGGAUCAGGGUCAAGGAAAACAAGGAUAUUGCCAAGUCACAAAAUACCAACUUGCAUUGAGGAUAUGGGUUCCCAAACCAACCCAACCCAUUGUAAAGAUGAUAAUGUAACCCUGGAAGAUAAUGUCUUUAGUUUUAACCAAUUGUGGACAUUUUUUUCUUGGCAACAGAUUGAGUUCCCAACCUGAUCAUCAUGAGGUCAACAUGAGGGUGCCAUGGUAGUACAGGAGUUAGUGCAACACUAGUACAACUCAGGGCGUCAGAGUUCGGAAAUAAUUUCCGAUGCGAUCUGUAAUGAUUUGUAAUGUUCUUCCUGUGAACGUGUAGG